AUGGAAUUUUGUGAGAAUGGAACUAGCUGGUCUGACAUCUGGGUGGAUGAUGGUUUCAAUCGGUGCUUCUAUGAUGCUGUGUCAGCCAUUAUCCUGUUUGGUUUUAUUUUCAUUUCUGGAUUCAUCCAGUGUUUGGUUUUCAGUAAAUAUGCAGUUCCAGCAGAACAACAAGGAAAACUCAGAUGGGUGUCCAAAGUACAAGUAUUUCUUAUCAUUAUCUUGAUACUGGAAGCACUGCUGCAUAUGGUCCUCAGUGAUGUGGUUAUUAAUGAGCAAACUCUGUAUGGAUAUCAGGUGAUGCAAGCAUGUGCAGUGAUUGCUGCAUGUAUUGUAGCCUGGUGGCUCUUAGCCAUGGAGAAACGCAGCAUGUUGCCCAGCUUCUCCACAAGAGGCCAAGGCUUUGUGUCGAUCUUGUUCUGGAUGAUAUUCUUUGUGAGAGAAAAUGUUAUGUUUGUUUCCUGGAGCAGCCCAGCCUGGUGGUGGCAGGUCAAAAAUGAUUCGGACAGAGCAGAAUUGGGCUUAUUUAUUGUACGCUACAUUGCAGUCUUUUUCUUAUUGGCACUGAGUUUUCUAAGACCAAUUCAGUCGCCAUACUCAUCUCUGCCAAGUACAGAUGAAGAGCCGAGCAAUCCAGCAGAGCAGGGCAAGUCGACCUGGAGCAAUAGCUUCACUAAGGUCCGAAUGAUGCUCCCAUAUGUGUGGCCCAAGACUAGCUUUAUCCUGCAGUUCGUCGUGGGCAUCUGUCUUGUUCUUUUGGUCGUUGGAAGAGUCAUCAAUGUUUUUGUGCCUAUUUACAGCAAGAACAUUGUAAACAGCUUGACCUAUGACCCAAAUGUUGAGAACCAACAGCUGGAGUUUAAGUGGAACUACAUCCUUAUUUACGUGGCAUUGCUUUUUCUGAAAGGAGGAACAGGCACUGCUGGUUUUGUCAACAACUUGAGAAGUUUACUGUGGAUCCGAGUGGAGCAGUACUGCACCAGGUCAAUCCAGCUCAGACUCUUCACUCAUCUACACAAUUUAUCCCUUCGUUGGCACAUCGGUAAGAAAACUGGAGAAAUGCUUCGGGUUGUGGACAGGGGUACAGCAAGUGUAACAACACUGUUAAGCUACAUCCUGUUCCAGAUCCUGCCCACCAUUGCUGAUAUCGUUAUUGCCAUUAUCUACUUUGUCACAGCCUUCAACUAUUUAUUUGGCAUCAUUACGUUUCUCAGUAUGGCCAUGUACUUAGCUGCCACUGUCAAAGCCACAGAAUGGAGAACCAAGUACAGACGGCAGAGAAACGUACGCGACAAUGCUGCCAAUGCCAGGGCUGUGGACACGCUGCUGAAUUUUGAGACUGUCAAGUAUUACGCUGCAACAGAUUAUGAAAGGGAACAUUACGAGAAAGCCAUAUUAGAAUACCAGCUCUCUGAGUGGAAGUUCAAUGCUGUGUUCAACGUGCUCAGCUUAUUCCAGAACAUCAUCAACACAGUGAGUCUGAUUGCAGGAUCCAUGUUGUGUGCCUGGGCUGUGGUCCAUGGCAUCGGUGGCUUGAAGCUGAAUGUGGGAGACUAUGUCCUCUUUGGAACAUAUACCUCUCAAUUGUACGGCCCACUGAAUACUUUAGGGAACACAUACAGAAUGAUUCAGCAAGCAUUCAUUGACAUGGAAAAUAUGUUUGAGCUUUUGGAGACAGAAAUUGAGGUGAAGGAUGUCCCUGGAGCUAAAGAUUUGGUUGUCAAGGGAGGCGCAAUUGAGUUUGAAAAUGUCAGCUUUCAGUAUGAACCUAACAAACCAAUACUGAAGGAUGUUUCCUUCUCUGUCCCAGCUGGUCACACAUUUGCUUUGGUUGGUCACACAGGAAGUGGCAAGAGUACAAUUGUGAGGUUAUUAUUCCGCUUCUAUGAUGUCAAUUCAGGUUGUAUCAAAAUCGAUGGGCAGGAUAUAGCCAAAGUAACCCAAAAGUCUUUGAGGAGUGUAAUUGGUGUAGUUCCCCAGGACACAGUUCUAUUUAACAAUGAUAUUAGGUACAACAUCAGAUAUGGGAGACUUGAUGCAACAGAUGAGGAGGUUGAGGAUGCAGCAAAAGCAGCAGAAAUCCAUGAGAGGAUACUUACCUUUCCCAAAAAGUAUGACACAGUUGUGGGCGAACGUGGUCUGCGACUCAGCGGUGGAGAAAAACAGAGAGUGGCCAUUGCCAGGACUUUGCUGAAAGCUCCAGCUAUAGUCUUACUUGACGAGGCAACAUCUGCCCUUGACACACGCACGGAACGAAGCAUCCAGUCAUCUUUAGCCAGAGUUUGUGAAAACAGGACAACAAUCAUUGUGGCCCACCGUUUGUCAACCAUAAUUCAUGCACACCAGAUUCUUGUUUUACAAGAUGGCGAGAUUCUUGAGUCAGGAACACAUUCAGAGCUGCUGGAAAAGGGUGGCACUUAUGCAGACAUGUGGCAACAACAACUGGUCAAACAAGGAGAGGGAGAAAAUGACAAAGAAGAGAAGAAAGAAAAACCACAGAGACGGAACCUUUCAUUCAACAAUCAAAAUAUCGGCAGUGGUCCGGCAGGAAAUGGUAGCUUACAAAGUGUAGGGAGAGAUGAUGUUCUGUUUCAGGUUUAG